AUGAGUUUCAUUAACAAUGCUCUCGAAAAAAAGACUGGACUUGAUUUGAAUCAUGAUGGAAUUGUUGGAAGUGAGAAAAAUGCUGAAAAGCAAUAUGGUGCUGAUUUGAAUGGUGAUGGAUAUAUUGGAGGCGAAGGUAUACAAAGUAAAAUCGAAAGAACAACUCAUGUUGAUCUGAAUAAUGAUGGUAUCAUUGGUCGUCAACACGACACAUAUCCUGGUGGUUAUGGAAACCGUCGUUAA